AUGAGACCUUCAACACGACUUGGAAGCUUGGUGCUUCGUCGAGGCUUUGCCAACUCGGCACGACGGUUGGAUAACUAUGGAUUCAUCGGUCUGGGACAGAUGGGUUACCAAAUGGCAAAGAACCUUCAGUCAAAGUUGAAACCCUCAGAUAAAGUGUCCAUCUUUGAUAUCAACCCCGAGUCUAUGAAGGGUCUAGAAACAGAGAUGAAGGCAGCUUCCAAUGGUGCUCAGGUUGAGCUAUCAGCCAGUGCAUUCGAUGCUUCUAAAGAUGCUGAUACGGUUAUCACUGUUCUUCCGGAACCUCAGCACGUCAAGGGCGUAUACGAAUCCAUCAUCACAUCAUCUCUUCCCAAAAAGGACCGAGUCUUCAUCGACUGCUCAACCAUUGACCCAUCUACAUCCCGCCAGGUUGCGAAGACGGUGUCUUCGGCUGGACAGGGUACAUUUGUUGAUGCGCCUAUGUCUGGAGGUGUCGUGGGUGCUACUGCAGGAACGCUCACCUUUAUGCUUGGCGCUUCACCAUCUCUCAUUCCUCGUCUCGAACCGGUUCUGCUGCUCAUGGGAAAGAAAGUCUUGCACUGCGGUGACCAAGGUGCCGGUCUAUCCGCAAAGCUGGCCAACAACUACCUUCUAGCUCUCAACAAUAUCGCUACCGCAGAAGCUAUGAACUUGGGCAUGCAAUGGGGGCUGGAUCCUAAGAAACUAGCAGGCGUCAUCAACGUCAGCACGGGACGCUGCUGGCCCAGCGAAGUAAACAACCCCGUAGCAGGAGUCGUCGAAACAGCGCCAGCCAACAGAGACUACAGAGGCGGUUUCGGCAUCUCGCUCAUGAAGAAGGAUCUCAGAUUGGCUAUGGUAGCGGCGGAAGAGGCGAACGCAAGAAUGGAGUUGGCCAAGACGGCGUUUGCGGUGUAUGAAGCUGCUGAGAAGGAGGAGAAGUGUCAAGGAAGGGACUUUUCGGUUGUGUAUAGGUAUUUGGGCGGUAAGGAGGAGUAG